GCGCCCGUCCCAGGUGCAUCGUUCUGCACCACGGGCUGGGCCGUGACUUGGGGCAGGACUGGGCGUCCCAGUGCACCUCGCUUGUGCUGGUGUGAAGGUUUAUGAGCCCCGCGCCGGGUACUUAAGGGAAGGAGCCGGAGGCACGGGCGCUGCCCAGACACCAGUGGCAGGUAGGCACGGGGCAGGCAUGCAGGCGUGCGAGGGACCCAGCUCCCAGGGGGUCCCCGGGGCCGCGGUCUGCUGGGGACGGAGCCGCCUGGGCACGGGGGUCCGGAUGGGGAGCAUGCACGCCCGAGGUGCUGCAGGCGUGCACACGUGUGAGCCUCGGCGUGUGCCUGCCCACGUGCGCAGGUGCAGCCAUGACGGUGUCGUACACGCUGGAGGUGGCGGACGCCCGCUUCGGGGGCUUCUCCAAGCUGCUGUUCCGCUGGAAGGGCAGCAUCUACAAGCUGCUGUACAAGGAGCUGCUGGUCUUCGCCCUGCUCUACACCACGCUCAGCCUCGUCUACCGGCGGCUGCUGAGCGAGGAGCAGAAGCACCUGUUCACCAAGGUGGCCCAGUACUGUGACCGCUCCACGGACCUCAUCCCCCUCUCCUUCGUGCUAGGCUUCUACGUGACGCUGAUCGUGAACCGGUGGUGGGCGCAGUACAGCAGCAUCCCGCUGCCCGACCAGCUCAUGUGCGUCAUCUCCAGCACCGUGCACGGGCGGGACGAGCGGGGCCGGCUGCUGCGCCGCACGCUGGUGCGCUACGCCAACCUGUCCGCCGUGCUCAUCCUGCGCUCUGUCAGCACCCGCGUGCUCAAGCGCUUCCCCACCAUGGAGCACGUCGUGGAUGCAGGCUUCAUGACGCAGGACGAGCGCAAGAAGUUCGAGAGCCUCCACUCGGACUUCAACAAGUACUGGGUGCCCUGCGUGUGGUUCACCAACCUGGCGGCCCAGGCCCGGCGCGACGGGCGCGUGCGGGACGACGUCGCCCUGCGCCUGCUCCUGGAUGAGUUGAACCUGUACCGGGCUAAGUGCAGCCUCCUCUUCCACUACGACUGGAUCAGCAUCCCCCUGGUGUACACCCAGGUGGUCACCAUCGCCGUCUACUCCUUCUUCGCCUUCUGCCUCAUCGGGCGGCAGUUCCUGGAGCCGCUGGAGCCGAGCGCCGCAUCCACCCUGGACAUGUACGUGCCCCUGCCCACGCUGCUGCAGUUCUUCUUCUACGCCGGCUGGCUGAAGGUAGCCGAGCAGCUCAUCAACCCCUUCGGGGAGGACGACGACGACUUUGAGACCAACAAGCUCAUCGACAGGAACCUGCAGGUGUCCCUGCUCUCCGUGGACGACAUGUACCAGAACCUGCCCCCCAUGGCCAAGGACAAGUACUGGGACGAGUCCACGGCGCUGCCCCCCUACACCGUCGCUACAGCCGCCGAGACCCUGAAGCCCUCCUUCCUGGGCUCCACCUUCGACAUGCGGAUGAGCGAGGACCCGGAGCAGAGCCAGCAAGUGGAGGCCUCGCCCGCGUAGCCCAUCAGCCUCAAGAACUUCGGCAAGACGGCGCGCGGACACCCGCACCUGCUGCGCCGCUGGGGCGACAGCUCCCCGUCCCCCCGCACCGCCCGCGGGGACGACCCCGAAGCCGUGGCGCGCAUCGAGGAGGAGGAGACGGAGGACGAGGGCAGCCAGACCAACGCGUCCCCUGCCCCCUGCGCCCGGGCACCCAACCGCCUGGAGCCCCCCGAGAUCCGGGUGGAGCUUCUUGUCCCCGACAACAGCUCCAGCCCCGACUCCUCGGCGGCCUAGAGCAGGGGCCUGGGACCCCCUCCGGCCCCCAGAGAGCCGCAGCCUGGGCCCGAGCUAGGCUGAAGCACGCGCCUGGCUCCCAGCACAGCCGGGCAUCGAAUGCCCCAUACAACCCUGCCUGGGGCUGGGGUGCUCGGAGCUGCACGGUGGGGACGCGCUCAUCUCCGAGGGGGCUACGUGUUAGCCAGAUACCGGUCCCAGGCCUGGGUCUGCAGGGGACCAGGCGGCAAAGCAAGGGGCACAGAAACGUCCCGCGGUGGGUGCAGGCCGUGGCUCCCUCCUUUGCCUGUUAGAGGUGCGAUGCUCGGGGCACCGUCUGCGCCAAACAGACCCAGGCCUGGCCCAGCUCAGAGCUGCCCCGAGCUGUCAGCAAGGCCCUGGAUUAGCCACG